GGUACAACAAUCGUUAUCAAUUACUUUCGAUAGUUGCCGGCUUGCACAUCAUGGUCAGCCCAACGAAAUAAACAAAAAAGGGAGAAGCCAAUUUUAAUUCAAAUAUAUAGUACUACUCAAGUCUAUAAAGUUUGCAGCGAGAUCGGAAAAUAUAAAGGAAUAACUUGGGUGCAGUUGACUUAGAGCUCGACCCCCAAGUCGUAGUCUGGAAAUUCUUAAGGAAAUUCACAAAUAAACAGAUCACAAAAUGAAGCUCAGCGUAGACGGUCUGCUCGUCUAUUUCCCCUAUGAAUACAUUUAUCCCGAGCAAUAUGCGUACAUGCUGGAGCUCAAGAGAAGCCUGGACGCCAAAGGACAUUGUCUGCUGGAAAUGCCUUCAGGAACGGGGAAAACGGCGACAUUGCUUUCACUGAUUGUUGCCUAUAUGAUCGAGUAUCCGGAGACAGUUCGCAAACUGAUUUACUGCUCACGUACGGUCCCAGAGAUUGAGAAAGUAAUUGCUGAAUUGCAGAAUCUAAUGGUCUACUAUGAACGCCAUGCGCCAGUUCCGCCGGGUUUGACUGGCCUGGUGCUCAGUUCUCGUAAGAAUAUGUGCAUACAUCCGGAGGUGAGUAAGGAGCGUGAGGGUAAGGCUGUGGAUGGUAAAUGCUAUGGACUCACUGCCAGCUACAUCCGAGAACGUCAUGAAAUGGAUGCAGACAUUCCCAUUUGUCAGUAUUUUGAAGGAUUUACACUGGAGGGCAAAGAAUCAACGCUGCCUGUGGGCGUUUACAGCAUCGAUGAUCUUAAGGAAUACGGACGAUCUAGAAACUGGUGUCCAUAUUUUCUAGCACGCUACGCCAUUGCACAUGCCCAAAUUGUGGUCUACAGUUACCACUAUCUGCUGGAUCCGAAAAUAGCACAGGUCGUAUCCAAGGAGAUGACUCGCGAAUCCUGUGUAGUAUUUGAUGAAGCUCACAAUAUUGAUAACGUCUGCAUCGACUCGAUGAGUGUGAAGAUCAACAGACGCAUCGUAGAGAGAAGCACAAAUGCCCUAAAUCAGCUCACAAAAUUGGUCCAAGACAUGCGUGAUGAGGACACAAAUCGACUGAAUGAGGAAUACCAGCGGAUGGUGCAGGGACUCAAGGAUGCCAGUGUGCAGCGCGACACAGACAUGAUACUUGCUAAUCCCGUGCUGCCAAGCGAUGUCCUUACCGAGGUGGUGCCUGGCAACAUUCGAAAUGCGGAUCAUUUUCUCAGCUUUUUGCGCCGCUUUAUAGAGUACAUAAAGACGCGACUGCGUGUCCAUCACGUGGUCCAAGAGUCACCAGCUGGUUUCCUCAAAGAUGUAUCCUCCAAGAUAUGCAUAGAGCGUAAACCUCUCCGCUUUUGUGCUGAGCGUUUGUCCAGUCUGUUGCGCACUCUAGAAAUCAGCGACAUGACUGAAUAUGGUGCUCUCACCCUGAUAACACAUUUUGCGACACUGGUUUCAACAUACACCAAGGGUUUCACCAUUAUAAUAGAACCCUUUGAUGACAAAACGCCGACUGUAUCGAAUCCUAUUAUGCACUUCAGUUGCUUGGAUUCAUCUAUUGCCAUGGCGCCAGUUUUCUCGCGCUUUCAAACAGUUGUGAUCACCUCCGGUACACUAUCGCCCAUGGACAUGUAUCCUAAGAUUCUGGACUUUGAUCCAGUCGUUAUGAGCAGCUUUACAAUGACACUGGCGCGUCCCUGCCUGCUUCCAAUGAUUGUCUCUAAAGGCAAUGACCAAGUGUCCAUUUCAUCAAAGUUCGAGACUCGCGAGGAUACUGCUGUCAUUCGUAACUAUGGACAGCUGCUGGUGGAGGUGGCCAAGACAGUUCCCGAUGGCAUCGUGUGCUUCUUUACUUCGUACUUGUAUUUGGAGUCAGUUGUGGCAUCCUGGUAUGAUCAGGGAAUUGUGGACACUCUGCUGCGCUAUAAACUGCUGUUCAUCGAGACUCAGGACAAUGCCGAAACGAGUUAUGCGCUCAUGAACUAUGUUAAGGCUUGUGAUUGCGGUCGUGGCGCUGUUUUGUUGGCUGUGGCUCGUGGCAAGGUCUCCGAGGGUGUGGAUUUCGAUCAUCAUUAUGGUCGCGCGGUGCUCAUGUUCGGCAUACCCUAUGUUUACACGCAGUCGCGCAUUCUCAAGGCGCGUCUCGACUACCUGCGCGAUCAAUUUCAGAUACGAGAGAACGACUUUCUGACCUUUGAUGCGAUGCGGCAUGCAGCACAGUGCGUGGGUCGAGCACUGCGCGGUAAAACGGACUAUGGCAUUAUGAUCUUUGCAGACAAGCGUUUUUCGCGACAGGACAAACGAUCACGUCUGCCCAAAUGGAUACAGGAGCAUCUAGUGGACAGCUUCUGCAAUUUGAGCACUGAGGAGGCUGUGCAACUGGCUCGUCGCUGGCUAAGGCGCAUGGCUCAGCCUUUUUCACGCGAAGAUCAGCUGGGCAUAUCGCUGCUGACGUUGGCUCAACUGGAGGGUAUGGAGCAGGAGAAACUGGAACGACAGGCGCAGGGCAAGCAAGGUGUGGGUGGUGAGGUCCAGGAGCUGUAAUGUGAUGUUACAAACCGGAUCUCGAGACAGUCGCCGGCUUCCUUCCGCAAUGUUUUUUUUCGAAUGGCUUUUUGUUUGUCUUUCUGUACAAUAAUAAUUUUAAUAAAAAGUGAAUUUGUUGCCAGCUAAUGGCAUUGAAUGCCAUUAAUCGGAGCAGCAAAAAAACAAAAAA